CAUUUCAGUAGUCGUCUGCGCACAAUAUCGAAACACUUCCACUGUGGAACGUCCAUUCGCUUUUAYCCAGUAGGAAAAAUCAUCAUAUUUUCAGAUUUAGGUUGUCCUUUGACCUGUCCCGUGUAGCUACAGUGAUGGUCUGCAUUCCCUGCAUCGUCAUUCCAGUCCUCUUGUGGGUGUACAAGAGGUUCCUUGAACCAAUCAUCUACCCCUUCAUUGGUCCAAUUAUAAGCCGAUUCUGGCCAACAAGGAGAGCUGUCCAGGRGAGUGGCGUAGGAACUGGUGACGUGAAAGCCAGUGAAAAGAGCAAUGGAUGUCCAGUGAUGAGCAAUGGAGCGUACAAGACUGAAGUCAAUGGUGCUGCUGCAAAUGGUGCUGCUGCAAAUGGUGCUGCUGAAAAUGGUGUUGCUGCAGAUGGGCCGGCUGCAAAUGGGCCGGCUGCAAAUGGGCCGGCUGCAAAUGGGCCGGCUGCAAAUGGGCCGGCUUCUACAGUAUCUGACAAGAAGACUGACUAACAUUUCACCAGUUUUUCAACUGUGAAAAUAUUUGAAUACAAUAUGGAUAUCUUAACUUUAUCGUUCUUAUUUUCUGAAAUUGACUGUGGGAUCUUUUAAUGCUGGUCUGAAUUUAACAUAGCAACACAUAUUGUACAUUUUCCGUAAUGCUCAUUUCAGUUGUGUUGAGGAAUAGAAUAUAUGUAGAAAAUAUUUCUGCCUUUGUUUUAUCAUGCUUGAUUCCCUGAUGUAUUUAUUAUAACAGAUACAAUACCUACUUAUUUAUAAUAUCAAGUACAUAUUUUAUUUUCUAAUUCCGAAAUUAAUUAUUAGCAAUGAUUAAAAAGGACAUUUAAACACAUUCCGACCGUGUGAUUUUUAAGCAUUCCCCUUUUCCCCCUUUUAUGUGCAUUGUAUAAAUAAACCUAUGGAUUACUAUCAUUGUU